AUGCCGGCCGAGAGACGUUCUCUAAGGUCAAACAGCAAGGCCGACCCUUCGUCGUCGGCCAACGGUGAGAAAACACGCUCCGGAUCCCAGAGUUCGAGCUCCAAGGACAAGGCCACCCCGACAACCCGAUCUGCGGCGAACAAGGCCAAAGCGGCCCCAGCCAAGAAGGGCGCGAAGAGCAACGCAAACUCCGAGAUGAGUGGGAACGAGCAGCCGCAUGCCAAUGGCUCUGAGCGUGUAGAGAAUGGCGUGAACGGUUCGGAAGACGUGGUUAUGGAAGAGGAUACGGCAGGUGGGCCUACAUCGUCAAGCUCCAACAGCACGAAUCGCGAUGGUGACGAGAAGAUGACUGUUGUAGUGCCCCCCUCGAAGGGUUCUAGAUUAUCCGGACAACCGGGCCAGGACAAGGAAGAAGACGUCGCGAUGGAAGGCGCUGAGGAGGAGGAGGCGAAAGAGCCUGAAGUCGAUCCAUACGAGAAGACGGUGCAAGAUAUCAAGACCAACUUCGUUCUCCUGGAGCGUGCGGUGACCCACUUUGACCCCAGAUUUACCCUCCGGGUCUUGCGGUCGAUCUCUUCGAUGCGGAAAUACCUCACCCCGGAUGUGCUGGCAGAGGUUGUGGUGGACACAUAUCCUAGCUCGAGUUCGACAGCCUCGUUUCUGCUGGAGGCCAUCGGCAAGGCGGACGCCUACAAGUAUGCUGUGCCCACCUCGAAGAUGGAGCUCGAUUCCGACAAGCCAAAGCCGGCCAUUCGAGAAAUCCUCCCAGAAGUUGAUGUCUAUCUCUCCAUCCUCGUCCAGAUUUCUCUCUACGACAAGAAAGAGGUUCAGGCUGGCGCCCGAUUCUCGCAGGGCCUGGUCGAGCGACUGCGGACGCUGAACCGGAGGACCUUGGACUCCCUUGCAGCUCGCGUGUAUUUCUACUACUUCCUCUUCUUCGAACAACUGUCGCCUCUUCCUCCGUCACCAGCAGCUGCCGUCAUCUCGAUCCGCCCUACCCUGCUCGCAGCGCUCCGAACAGCGGUUCUCCGAAAAGAUGUCGACACUCAGGCUAGUGUGACGACGCUGCUCCUCCGCAAUUACCUGUCAACGUCUCAUAUCUCCCAAGCCGAUCUACUCAUCUCUCACAACCAAUUCCCCGCCACUGCCUCGAAUAACCAGAUCGCACGUUAUCUGUACUACCUGGGCAGACUUCGCGCCAUCCAACUGCAGUACACGGACGCUCAUGGACAUCUUGUUGGAGCCACGCGUAAGUCGCCGACCACUCCCACUGCCGGCGGCUUCUACCAGGCCUCCACCAAGCUCCUUGUCGUCGUUGAGCUCCUGAUGGGUGAUAUCCCCGACCGUUCGCUCUUCCGUCAGCCAGCCCUUGAGCGUGCACUGCACCCUUACUUCCUGCUUGUGCAGGCCGUGAGCGCGGGUGACCUCGAUGGAUUCCUGGAUAUUGUAAACAACUACAGCGAGGUGUUCCGGAAGGACAACACAUACACCUUGAUCCUGCGUCUUCGCCAGAACGUGAUCAAGACGGGUAUUCGGAUGAUGUCGCUGUCGUACUCCCGAAUCUCUCUGCGUGACAUCUGUGUCCGUCUGGGCUUGGAGAGUGAGGAGUCUGCCGAGUACAUUGUUGCCAAGGCCAUUCGGGACGGUGUCAUUGAGGCAACCCUUGACCAUGAGCAGGGCUUCAUGAAGAGCAAGGAUGUCGGCGACAUCUACGCCACCCGAGAACCCGGUGAAGUCUUCCACGAGCGAAUCCGUGCUUGUCUGGCUCUCCACGAUGAAAACGUCAAGGCUAUGAGAUUCCCCAUGAACCAACAUCGUCUGGAGCUGAAGAACGCGCAGGAGGCUCGUGAAAGGGAGAGGGAGCUGGUCAAGGAGAUCCAGGAAGGAGAUAUAGAUGAUGAUGACGCGGGUGUCUCGAGCAUGCGAGCUCGACCCGUCCGAGCCUCCGGGCUGAUACUUUCGUCACGAGCUCCAUCUUCCAGCUCGACAUGCUCACAAUCCAUACCUCAUAAUAUUUUCCCGCCCCGGAUACAGUUCAAUGCGCGUGGAUAUCGUCCUUCCCGGCGAAAGGAGAUCUCUCCGCUGGGUGCAGCCGUCACUGCGGCGCAGAAUAUCAUCUCCAAGGGCCUGCCGAAAGCUCCACCGGGCAUCUCAGUUGACCCAUUGCGAAUCGUGGGCAAGGAAUUGAAAUUCCUCACCAAGAACAUUCGACAGCUUGUGGGUUCAGGACAUCCUAUGCUGGAUAAGGUCGCCAAGUACUACACCAGAAGUGAAGGGAAGCAAAUACGGCCGCUACUCGUGCUGCUCAUGUCCCAGGCCACUGCAUUGGCACCAAGAAAUCCCAAGCCCCCUGCUGUGAAUCCCGAUACAGUCAGUGAUCCGAUCAGCUCGCCGCUGGUUCUAGCAGACUCCAACCCCGAUACGAGUCCUCUCACCGCUCCGUCGAAAUAUGACCUAGCGGACGAUGCCAACGUCCUUCCUUCUCAGAGACGACUUGCUGAGAUCACCGAGCUGAUCCACACGGCCUCCUUGCUUCACGACGAUGUCAUCGACAAUGCUGUCACCCGCCGCUCUUUUACGUCUGCGAAUCUGGAGUUUGGUAACAAGAUGGCUGUCCUCGCUGGUGAUUUCAUGCUGGGACGGGCGUCCGUGGCCCUGGCGCGUCUGCGGGACCCGGAGGUGAUCGAGCUGCUGUCCACUGUGAUUGCCAACUUGGUUGAAGGAGAGUUCAUGCAGUUGAAAAACACUGCCCAGGACGACUCCAACCCGGCGUUUACUGAGGAUACGAUUUCCUACUACCUGCAGAAGACGUACCUGAAAUCCGCCAGUCUGAUCAGCAAAUCUUGCCGUGGAGCUGCUCUUCUUGGAAACAGCGCCCCAGAGGUUGUGGAAGCUGCCUACUCGUACGGACGUAACCUGGGACUGGCAUUCCAGCUGGUCGAUGACAUGCUGGAUUACACUGUGAGCGGUGCCGAAUUGGGUAAGCCCGCGGGAGCGGAUUUGGAACUUGGACUCGCGACGGCGCCAUUGCUGUUUGCAUGGAAGGAAGACCCCGAACUGGGAGCCCUUGUUGGUCGCAAGUUCUCACGCGAGGGCGAUGUAGAGAGGGCCCGUGAGCUGGUUGCUCGCUAUGAUGGUGUCGAGAAGACGCGUGCCCUGGCCCAAGACUUCGCCGACAAGGCGGUCGAUGCCAUCAAGGACUUCCCCGAGAGCGAAGCCAAGGCCGGCCUCGUCGAAAUGUGCCAAAAGACGAUGAACCGCAGGAGAUAG